AGGUUCUGAUGCAGCAAAUGCUUUCAAGGAUGAUUUAUGUUCUAAUCCUGUCGUUACUUCUACAUUUUCAUGACAUACAGACGAUGAAAACAAUGCCGGUAGACAACCUAGUUCAAAGAAUAAAGUCGCAAGUGUCGGUACGAUUGUCGAGUACCAGCAAUUAUAAUGUUCCAGAAACAUCCUGGGAUAAUUACAAUGCUAUAGACAAUGUCUAUCUUGAAGACCCAAACACUUGCAGGUGCUGUGCUUCGACAUCAGGCACUGAACCACCAUGGCUACAAUUAGACUUGGGCAGGAUUUAUAGAGUCAGUGUCAUUCGGAUAUUUGGACGAUUUGACAAAGGACACACGGAUGAGUAUCAGAACAUUUCAGUAUUUGUAAGCAACACGACAACAUUGACAACAAUAAAUGGAACGUUAAUAUAUAAUGGUAGUACGAAAAAUGACAGUCACUUGUAUGAGCUUCAAGCAUCAAGUUCAUACCUAUUUAGAUAUCUGAUGAUACGACGAUCAUCUGUAAGUGUGUUGACAAUAUGCGAGAUAAAGAUGGUUCAAGAUACUAUAGACCUACUAAGCGUAAUACGAAACACUUCAAUUACAAAUCAAUCCAGCAUUUUUAUGGAUAACCCUUCAUACAAUGCGAUCGAUGGAAUAGAUAAUUAUGACGUAGACCAUUGCUAUUGCUGCAGUGUUACACAGGCUGCACCUUCCCCAUCAUGGUGGCAGGUAGAUCUAAGAGACAAGUACACGAUUUACGUGGUGGAAUUAUAUGGAAGAGGCGAUCUGACAAACAAUAAUCAGUUACAAGGUGCUGAAGUGUAUUCAUGUGGCACGCCUGUUUGCUCAGUAGACUCGGGCGAAUUGUUAUUUACAGUACAAGAAAUCAUAAAUUCUACGCAUUCUGUUCAUUUUCUACCUGAACCAGUUACUGCACAAAGCUUUAUGAUUAGUCUUGUCGGCAAUAUUCUCACUAUUUGUGAGUUUGUCAUUUACACAGAAGAUAAAAUCUGUAAUGUUGGACAUUUUGGAAAAUCGUGUUCUCAGAAAUGUCAUUGUUUGGACUAUAAAGUAUGUGAUUCAUUGACUGGACAAUGCCAGACACCUUAUUGUUUACCUGGUUGGGAUGGAUCAGCUUGCAAUGUAUCGUGUCCUCACGGAACGUUUGGUGAAAAUUGUAAAACGGAAUGUCACUGUUUCAACGAAUCCUCGUGCAAUACAAUAAACGGUACAUGUUCAAUAGGUAUUUGUGAAGCAGGUUGGCAAGGUAGUUCUUGUAGUCUAGAGUGUCCUACUCGAACAUUUGGACAAAAUUGUUCAAAUGAAUGUCACUGCUUCAAUGAUACAUUAUGUGAUAAAGUCAAUGGAGUUUGUUCAUCUAAUAAAUGUGAUCCCGGCUGGCAAGGUGAUUCUUGUAGUCAAGCGUGCCCUCAUGGAACGUUUGGUGACAGUUGUGAAAUGGAAUGUCACUGUUACAACAACUCCUCGUGCAAUAAUAUCAACGGAACAUGUUCAAUAGGUAUUUGUGCUGCAGGUUGGCAUGGUAGUUCUUGUAGUCAAGAGUGUCCUGCUCGAACAUUUGGACAAAAUUGCUCAAAUGAAUGUCACUGUUACAAUGAAACAUCAUGUGAUAAAGUCAGUGGCAUGUGUGCAUCAGGUAGUUGUGAUCCCGGCUGGCAGGGUGAUUCUUGUAGUCAAGAGUGCUCUCACGGAACGUUUGGUGAUAAAUGUAAGAUGGAAUGCCACUGUUACAACGACUCCUCGUGUAAUAACAUCAACGGAACAUGUCCAAUAGGUAUUUGUGAUGCGGGUUGGCAAGGUAGUUCUUGUAGUCAAGAGUGUCCUGCCCGGACAUUUGGACAAAAUUGCUCAAAUGAAUGUCACUGUUAUAAUGAAACUUCAUGUGAUAAAAUCAGUGGACUUUGUGCAUCUAGCGGCUGUGAUCCCGGUUGGCAGGGUGAUUCCUGUAGUCAAGGCUGUCCAAACGGAACAUUCGGCGAUAAUUGUAAAAUGGAUUGCCACUGCUACAACGAAUCCUCAUGCAACACAAUCAACGGUACAUGUGCAAUAGGUUUUUGUGAUGCUGGUUGGCACGGCAGUUCUUGUAGUCAAGAGUGUCCUACUCGAACAUUUGGACAAAAUUGUUCAAACGAAUGCCACUGUUACAAUGAUACAUCAUGUGAUAAAGUGAAUGGUGUGUGUUCAUCUAAUAAAUGUGAUAUCGGCUGGCAAGGUGAUUCUUGUAGUCAAGAGUGUCCUUACAGAACAUUUGGUCUAAAUUGUGAAACAGAUUGUCACUGUGCAAGGAAUACAUCUUGCAACAAUGUGAACGGCACGUGCUUUAUAGGAGACUGUGAAUCGGGUUGGCAGGGAAGCUCUUGCAGUCAAGGUUGUCCUCAAGGAAAAUUUGGCCCGAAUUGUGAAAGCGAAUGCCACUGUUUCAAUAGAUCAUCAUGUAACAGUACAAAUGGGGAAUGCUUUAUGGGAAGGUGUGAUCCGGGCUGGAUUGGGGUUUCCUGUAGUCAAGAAUGUCCGUUAAGGAAAUUUGGUUCAGAUUGUGAACAUGAGUGUCAUUGUUUCAACAACACAUCAUGUAAUAAUACCGACGGUGAGUGUUCCAUAGGAUACUGUGAUCCAGGUUGGCAUGGCAAUGCUUGUAAUGAACAUAAUAGCACAAUACCUACUAGUACACAAUCAACACUUCUCCCAACUACAGAAACUAGAAGUACUUCAACAAACGUUAUAACUAAUAGGAAAGGGAAACUUAAUGUCGGAGAGAUCGGAGGGAUAUCAAUCGGUGCUAUCUUGGUGGUAGCUGUCAUUUUUGUACUCGUCUUAUUCUUAAAACGUCGAGCAAGAAAUGUUUUUGGCCAUAAAACGUUGCGUCUUCGACUACUUGUUUACGGAAAUGACUUCGGUGUGCCACAUGUUCUGGUACAAGAGAGGUUUUCAAGGAUGAUUUAUGUUUUCAUCCUAUCAUUACUUCUACACUGCCAUGACAUACUGACACUAAAGACAAUGCCGGUAGACAACCUUGUUCAGAGAAUAAAAGAGCAAGUGUCAGUUACAAUGUCGAGUACCAGCAAUUAUAAUGUUCCACAAUCAUCCUGGAAUAGCAGCAAUGCUGUAGACAAUGUCUUUCUAGGAGACCCAAACACAUGCAGGUGUUGUGCUUCUACAUCAGGUACCGAACCACCAUGGAUACAAUUAGAUUUGGGCGGAAUAUAUAGAGUCAGUGUCAUAAAGAUAUUUGGACGAUUUGAUGAAGGACACCAGGAACAGUAUCAGAACAUUUCAGUAUUUGUAAGCAACACGACAACAUUGACAACAAUAAAUGGAACGUUAAUAUAUAAUGGUAGUACGAAAAAUAACAGUCACUUGUAUGAGCUACAAGCAUCAAGGUCAUACCUGUUUAGAUAUUUAAUGAUACGACGGUUAUCUGUAAGUGUGUUGACAAUAUGCGAAAUAAAGAUGGUUCAAGACACUAUCGAUAUACUAAGCUUUAUACGAAACACUUCAAUUACACGUCAGUCCAGCAUUUUUAUGAAUAAUCCUUCAUACAAUGCGAUCGAUGGAAUAGAUAACUAUGACGUAGACCAUUGCAAUUGCUGCAGUGUAACACAGGCUACACCUUCCCCAUCUUGGUGGAAGGUAGAUCUAAAAGACAAGUACAAGGUUUACGUGGUGGAAUUAUAUGGGAGAGGCGAUCUGAAACACAAUGAUGAAUUACAAGGUGCUGAGGUGUAUUCCUGUGAUACAUUUGACUGCUCAUCAGAGUCCGGCCAAGUGUUAUUUACUGUGCAAGAGAUCACAACGUCUACGCAUUCUGUCCAUUUUCUACCUGAACCAGUCGUUGCACAAAGCUUCAUAUUAAGUCUUGUCGGAAAUAUGCUCACCAUUUGUGAGUUUGUCAUUUACACAGAAGAUAAUAUCUGUAAUGUUGGAUAUUUUGGAAAAUCGUGUUCUCAGAAAUGUCACUGUUUGGACUAUAAAGUAUGUGAUUCUUUGACUGGACAAUGUCAGACACCUUUUUGUUUACCUGGUUGGGAUGGAUCAGCUUGCAAUGAAUCCUGUUCUAACGGAACCUUCGGCGAAAAUUGUAAAAUGGAUUGCCACUGUUACAAUAAAUCCUCAUGCAACACAAUCAACGGCACAUGUUCAAUAGGUAUUUGUGAUGCAGGUUGGCGUGGUAGUUCUUGUAGUCAAGUGUGUUCUGGGCGGACAUUUGGACAAAAUUGCUCACAAGAAUGCCAUUGUUUCAAUAAUACACCGUGUGAUAAAGUCAUUGGUGUGUGUUCAUCUAAUAAAUGUGAUCCCGGCUGGCAAGGUGAUUCUUGUAGUCAAGAGUGUCCUUACGGAACAUAUGGUCAAAAUUGUGUAAACAAAUGCCACUGUUUCAACAAUUCACUCUGUGAUCGAAUCAAUGGCGAGUGUACAGCAGGAGGAUGUAGUCCUGGCUGGCUUGGUCAAUCUUGUAGUCAAGUGUGUCCUUACAGAACAUUUGGUCUAAAUUGUAAAACAAAUUGUCAUUGUGCAAGUAAUACGUCUUGCAACAAUGUUAAUGGUACGUGUUUUAUAGGAAACUGUGAAUCAGGUUGGCAGAGGAGUUCUUGUAGUCAAGCGUGUCCAUAUGGACGGUUUGGUCAAAAUUGUGGCAAAGAAUGUCAUUGUUUAAACAAAACACCAUGCAGCAAUACUGACGGUGCAUGCUCGACAGGGAAGUGUGAUCCAGGUUGGCAUGGAAGUUCAUGUAGUCAAGAAUGUCCGUAUAGAAGUUUUGGUUCAGAUUGUGAAAAUGAGUGUCAUUGUUUGAAAAACACAACAUGUAAUAAUAUCGACGGUAAGUGUUCCAUAGGAUACUGUGAUCCAGGUUGGCAUGGCAGUUCUUGUAAUGAACGUAAUACUCCUAUACCUACUACUACACAAUCAACACUUCGCACAUCUACAGCGGCUAGACGAAGAACGUCAACAGACGUUGUAAGUAACAAGGCGGCAGGAAAUGUAAAGGCAGGAGAGAUCGCAGGCAUAACAAUCGGUGUUAUCUUGACUGUAGAUGUAAUUUUGUUCUCGUUCUUUUCGUGAAAAAAGAGAAAAGAUUUUGCGACUUCGAUUACCCGUGUCAGCAGGAAAUAUAUUGAGUUUUCUUUGCGAUAAUCAUGUUCAGAAUGUUUUGCUCAUAUGUAUCAACAUUUAUGAUAAAACCAUAACUAACAGUAUAACAAAAAGAUUGAUUUUCAGUUCAGUUUAAUUUUCUUAUCACUGAAUAUGCAUGACUUUUUAUUUAGGAAAUUACUAUAUGAUUGUUUUUUUGUUUCUUUCAAUGUUAUGUUAUUUACCAUAUUUAGAAUAUUUAUAAACAUAAUUGUGUAU